UAAUGAUGAUGAAUACCUAAGCAGACCAAAUAAAUUACGUUUACAUUUCUGUAGAAGUCUUUUCAGAUUUUUCUAGAUUAACAGUUCUUGAAUAUCGCCAUGUGUUAUAUUAUAUCGCUUACCGUCAGCGGAAGAAACCUUAAAUUUUGCUUUCGGUUCCUUUCGGUUUUACUCGGUUUGACUAUCGGAAAAGUCAACGGGGGUGUAAAUGUUUAACAAACACACUACCGGGGUAAAUGUGAAACGAUAAAACAAAAGUCGGGUUUAUUUAUUUAAACUUUCACACAAAAUUGGAAUCUAGCAAUCGCGCGCGAGAUGGAUCUGAUCCAAUCCUACGACGGAGAAGCCGUUUCCUCGUCGCCGGAUUCUUCACCGCCUGGUAUAUUGAAACCGCAAUCAUCGGCGCUCGGAGGUAGAUGAUACGGCACUAAGCUCUCACAGUAGCUGACGUGAACCAAUCAAAAUCAAACCCAAUCAAUCCGACCUAAAACGUCGUCGUUUUCAACCCUACCUAAUACCUCCGCCGCAUCCCUACAAGCUAGGGUGUGUGGAAGACGCUACGAUUGGUUCCUUGAGAAGUACGAUACGGUUGCGCGGUGGAUUAUUCCUUCCGGAUUGAAUUACGUUGGCGACGUGGAAGUAAAACGACGGCGUUUCUGUUUAUAUAUAUCCCAUAGAGCGAGAGAGCGGAAAUGGAGGACGAUUGAGGAAAGGGAGGAGCGUGAGGCAGGUGGCUGAGAAUCCGGUGACUGACACGUGGCUUCGAAAGAUGAGCUCAGCACUAUGAUGCCAUGUUAGAUGUGGGAAAAUUAUUAAAAGUUGAUAAUUACCGAAACUGAAUUACAAUUAACUUUAUUGAAUUACCUUUGGUUAAAUCAUUAAAAAUUAAUAAUUACAUACAACUAUACAUUGAUUGAUUAUAAUAAUUUAAUGUAUUUUUUUUAAUAAGUGUGAACAUACAAAAUAUUUUGUCUUUGUAAAAUAGCUCUUUAUUAUUGGCUAGUUAACUUAUUGGGAGAUAUCCAAAUCUUGUAUAUUUAUUAAACUAGCACGACUAGUACAUCUUCGUACUGAUCCCUGCGUAUUCCAGUCUGGCUUUUAUAUUCAAAUUUCAAAUGUAGUUUUAAACUCAAUUAGUCUUCCCACGAAUGAUAUUGGGUUAAGAACUUUUGCAUCGGUAUACAGUGUGCCUCACUGGCAGUCUGGCAGAUACCCAAAUCUGGUUUAUAUAUUAAACUAGCAAGUACUCGUCCAUUUUCAAAUCGAUAAACGCAUAGUCCAGUCUGGCUUGUAUAAACAAUUUAAAUGGUUUUCAACGCUUGACAUUUUUUUAAAACUUUUGCAUCGAUAUAAGGGAACCCUGAUAUGGUUGGUGUUAGUGUGUUACAGACAUCUAAAAUAGCAAAUAUGAGUCUAGGCUGUGAUCUCUCUGUUCUAGAAGAGCUUACUUCAAAUGCCAAGCAAAUACAAGAUGAUGUAUUGACCAAGAUACUUAAAGCUAACGCAAACACAGAGUACCUCAGCCGUUUUCUCGAGGGAAGCUCCGACAAAGAGCUGUUCAAAAAGAACGUACCAGUGGUGAGCUAUGAAGAUGUUAAGCCUUAUAUUGAUCGUGUGGCGAAUGGAGAACCCUCGGACAUCAUUUCGGGAGAACCCAUUACUACGUUUAACCGAAGCUCUGGAACUUCAAGUGGGAAUCAAAAGAUAUAUCCUACGAACAACAUCUACUUUGAGAAUCUGCUAUUCGGCUAUGCACUAAGCUCUGUCGUUAUGUCCAAGCAUGUAGAUGGUUAUAAGCAAGGAAAGAUGAUGAUAUUUAGGUUCACUCACAAGAUAUCCCCAACUCCUUGUGGUUUGCCUAUUGCUCCCGCGCUAACGAGCUUCACAAAGAGCAAAUAUUAUUCGACCAUGGCAAAAAAUAAUACAAGCCCAUAUGAGGUCGCACUGUGUCCGGAUCCCAAACAGAGUAUGUACUGUCAACUUCUAUGUGGUCUUGUCCAGAGAGACGAGGUUGUAAGUGUCGGUACUACGUUCCCCUCUGUCUUGGUUCAAAUAGUCCAUUUUCUUGAAAAUUACUGGAAAGAGUUGUCUAGUAAUAUCCGAUCUGGUCAUGUCAGCGACUGGAUCACCGACCUUAGUUGUAGAGAUUCUGUCUCUAUCAUCCUUGGAGAACCAAAUGCUGAAUUGGCAGAUUUAAUCGAAAAAGAAUGCGGACAAGAAUCUUGGCAAGGUAUCAUUAAAAGACUUUGGCCCAAAACCAAAUGCAUUGAAACUAUUGUUACAGGAACUAUGUCUCAACACAUCCCAGCACUGGAUUACUACUCUAAUAAACUGCCUCUAGUUUCCAAAGUUUAUGCAUCCUCUGAAGUAUUUUACGGGUUAAAUUUGAAUCCUCUAAGCAAACCACAACAUGUGUCCUACACAUUCCUACCCAACAUGUCAUAUUUCGAGUUCAUACGUGUUGAUGCCGAUGGAGAAGACACAAGCGAGAUUGUUGAUCUUGUGGAUGUGACUUUAGGUUACUACUAUGAGCCCUUGGUCACAAACUAUUCCGGUUUGCACAGAUGUAGAGUGGGAGAUGUUUUACAGGUCACUGGGUUUUACAAUAACACACCACAAUUCAGAUUCGUACGUAGAAAUAAUACGGUUUUAUGCGUCGAUGUAGAGCCAACAACUGAAGAAGAUAUUUUAAAGGCGUUGGCUCGUGCAACUGUCGUUCUUGAAUCUUCGGAUUUUAUUUUGACAGGCUUCACAUGCUAUGGUGACAUCUCCACUGUACCGGGUCACUACGUCUUUUACUUGGAAGUCAAAGCCAAAGUCAACAAUGGCACCAACGUUCUACAACUUGAUAACAAGGUGUUGGUGGAGUGUUGUUGUAUCAUGGAGGAAUCAUUGAGUAGUCUUUAUAGGAGACUUAGGGGAGAUGAGGGAUCAAUUGGAGCUCUAGAGAUAAGGGUUGUGCAACAAGGAACGUUUGAUUCUCUCAUGGAGUUUUUUCUCUCGCGAGGUUCUUCUAUAUCUCAAUACAAGACACCUAUAUGCAUAAAGUCUACUGAGGCUUUAAAGCUUCUUGAAGACAAGGUUCUUGCUCGGUUCUUCAGCGACAGAUCCCCUACUCUCUGAUCCAGAUAUGAUCUAUUUGUAUAUGGUGAUGAUUGCCACCAAAAACAAUUAGAUUGCCUAAUUGAAGAAUAAUGAAGUAACGUAGUUAUUUGGUGAGAAUGGUUUCUUUGUGGAGAAAUUUGUGGUUUAUGUGUUGUGUGCUUUUCUUGUGUUAGCUUAAUCUGAGUAUCCUGGUCUACAUCCUCUUGUAUUUGCUUCGCAUUUGAAACACUACUUUUAUUUCCGUCAAUGACAUGUGAAGCAUUAUUGUUAUUAUUAUUUUUUAACACACCAACCGAUUAAACUACAUAUCUAAAAAAAAUUAGACUAUUACAACCAGAAAAAAAACUAGACGGAAAGACAAAUAACUAAUAACACUACAACGAGAAUGAUAGAAAUGUUAAAAGGGGAGAAGAAACUCAUAGAAAAA